GGUAAAUCUGCAUUGUUGACAAUAAAACAAUAUAAUUUUACAAAAUUAAAUAUUUAUUUUGUUAUCCUUUUACAUAAAAGAUCUAUAUAUUUUUGAUAAUAAAACAAUAAUUGGAUGAAUGAAAAUAAGACGCAGCGAGUUUUUCUUCUAGUCAUAUUAAAUCCUAUAAGACCACCGGUUUUUAAAGGUAUCUCGUCGGUGGCAUUGUGUUUAUUAAAUAUCCAUUUGUUAUUCAUUGAAGAAAAAUUAUGAUGUUUCGUAAAGUUAUCUUAGGAGUACGCGGUCAGAUCGGUCAAUUAAAAAAUAUACGAUUUUUAUCGCAAGAAGUGAAUGAAACCACGAAAAUAGAGAAGACUGUAAAUAAUGUAACUUUACUUGGAAGAGUCGGGGCAGAGCCACAGAAACGUGGAAGCAUCGAACAUCCAGUUGUAAUAUUUUCUCUUGCAACACAUACAAAUUAUAAAUAUGAAACAGGUGAUUUUAUGCAAAGAACAGAAUGGCAUAAGAUAUGUGUCUUUAAGCCUAAUUUGAGGGAUUCUGUAUAUAAUUAUUUAAGAAAAGGCCAGCGAGUAAUGAUAAAUGGUAGGAUAAGUUACAGUGAAUUUAAAGAUGAAGAAGGAAAUUCACGUCCCAGUACAGCUAUCAUAGCAGAUGAUGUAAUAUUCUUUCAAUAAGGAGCCUUUUACAUAUAAAUAAUAUAUAUUGUAUUUUUUUGUAAAAUUGAUAUAAAAAUGUAAUUUCCUUCUUUUUUU